UCCACCAAACGGGAAGCAACGACGGCAGCUUGAUCUUUCAUUGGGAAGAAAAGAAGGUGAAAGGCGAGACGAAAACGUUAAGAAAUUGUCUUCGCCUCUCAGCCUCCAGCCAAAAUGAUCCACAGCCUGUUCCUAGUAAACGCCUCAGGGGACAUUUUCCUGGAGAAGCACUGGAAGAGCGUGGUCAGCCGUUCAGUGUGCGACUACUUCUUUGAGGCGCAGGAGCGUGCCACUGAGCCGGAGAACGUCCCACCAGUGAUCCCCACACCGCACCACUACCUUAUCAGUGUGCUCAGGCAUCGCAUCUACUUUGUGGCAGUCAUCCAGAGCGAGGUGCCGCCGCUCUUCGUCAUUGAGUUUCUGCACAGAGUUGUCGACACAUUCCAGGACUAUUUCGGAGUGUGUACAGAAGCUGCCAUCAAGGACAAUGUGGUAGUGGUCUAUGAACUACUGGAGGAGAUGCUGGACAACGGCUUUCCACUGGCCACAGAGUCGAACAUCCUCAAAGAACUCAUUAAGCCCCCCACCAUCCUCCGCACAAUGGUCAACACCAUCACAGGCAGCACCAACGUGGGUGAACAGCUCCCUACAGGCCAGCUGUCAGUGGUGCCAUGGCGACGCACUGGGGUGAAAUACACCAACAACGAAGCUUAUUUUGAUGUGGUGGAGGAGAUCGAUGCUAUCAUUGAUAAAUCAGGCUCCACCAUUACGGCAGAAAUCCAGGGAGUUAUUGAUGCCUGUGUAAAACUGACAGGAAUGCCUGACCUCACCCUAUCGUUUAUGAAUCCUCGGCUGCUGGACGAUGUCAGUUUCCACCCGUGUGUUCGGUUCAAGCGCUGGGAAGCCGAGCGGAUCCUCUCUUUCAUUCCCCCUGAUGGAAACUUCCGGUUGCUCUCCUACCACGUCAGCUCUCAGAACCUGGUGGCGAUCCCAGUUUACGUCAAGCACAACAUCACCUUCCGUGAGGGAAGCUCCCAGGGACGUUUUGACUUGACCCUUGGCCCCAAACAGACAAUGGGCAAGGCUGUGGAGUCGGUGUUAGUGAGCAGCCAGCUGCCCCGGGGAGUCCUCAACGCCAACCUCAACCCCUCCCAGGGAACAUACACCUUUGACCCAGUCACAAAGUUGUUGACAUGGGAUGUUGGUAAGAUCAACCCACAGAAGCUUCCCAGUCUGAAAGGUACAAUGAGCCUGCAGGCGGGGGCCUCCAAACCUGACGAGAACCCCACCAUCAACAUCCAAUUCAAGAUCCAACAGAUGGCCAUCUCAGGGCUAAAGGUGAACCGACUGGACAUGUAUGGUGAGAAGUAUAAACCUUUCAAAGGCAUCAAGUACAUGACAAAGGCUGGCAAGUUCCAGGUCCGGACAUAAAGACUACUGCUCUGUGACUACUGGACCAAACCACAAUGAGACUGAGGGGUGAUGUGAUGGGGGAAGGGGAGUUGGUACAUUCCCUAUGUAUAUGCAUUUCAGGAUUUACCUACACAAACUGGAGGCUCCUUGUAGCAGUUGAAAAUGGACCAUUUCUCUGUUGAGUUAAAAGCAUCAAACGUCCAGUCGACAGGUUACAGCUUUGAGUGAAUCUGCAGAGUUUGAACCAAUAAAUCAUUUCCAUCUCUAUCCAACCUGAACCAAGUUAUAUAACUCCUGAUUUAACACCAUUUUCACUGAUAAUUUUAAUCCUGAGCCCAAAUCAAACCCAAGCAGUUUACUAGUUUAUGUCAAUUCAGGCUCCAUCAAGUUCAGACAUAAAGUUCAAGCUCUGACAAACAAAUAAACAACAGGCCACAAUCUGAUGCUGUACUGUUUUAGUACUGUAUGACGCUACAUCCAAACUACUACAUUUUGGUUUUAAAACGCAUAAUUUUUGCUACAUUUACGCCUGAUGUCCACACUGCUCUGGAGUUUUUGAAAAUACAAAAAUGGAGACUUUUGGAAACACUUUGCAUUGUAGUGUAGACGGGUAGAAACGGAGACCUUUGGAAAUGGUGACGAAGACACCCAUGGUCGCUCCCUGUUUGGGUCUCAAUGGAUACAACUACCAGUGGUAAAUGCACCAUGGAUAACACAUUACAAGCAUCACUGACCUUGUUGUCUUUGCUAGCAGCGGUUGUGCAGUUAAAUUCUGCAUUUUAUAAUGCUACAACUGUCUUUGC